GCUCCAGACCUCACUCUCAUGUCUGUUUGCGUUGUCGAUUUUUCUUCUACCUCCAGCCCUUUGCUUUGAUUGUCGUGCCGGCUCGAGAUCGAAGACACCGUUGUUGCUUCGGUUCGGUUUUUCAUAUCGUAGAGCUACCUCGCAGGAUUUUUUUGACGAGUUUUGAGCCUUUUCGAAGGCGAGCGCAUUCCGUUGAGGUCGUUGAGUCCUUCAGCACCCGAAAUCGGUGUCAGAAGCUGGUUUACUUCAAAUUUGUAGGCGAACGAGCAGGCGCGCCUUCGGUAGUAGAGUCUGUUUCCUUCCUUUCUUCCUUUCUUUUUUGUGCCUGGGGGGGAGCAUUGUAGGGAGCAGUUUUGGUUUCGGGUAAUUUUGAGGUUUGUGUUCGCUGUGCUGCGGUUGAGAGGUUUAGGAGUGAGUCAAAGAGCUAGGGUCAUUUUCUCUUGGCUGAGUCGGACCUGCCUGAGCAUCCCUGCGGAUACACUUGGCGAUUUCUUUAUCGAAUCUCCAUGUCCGGAUCUUGCGUGGAUAGUUUGUGGCGUAGAAACUUUGGUUUGGAGAGAGGCAGUAGUUUUGUAUGACAACGCUUAAAAAUAACUAACAUUAUGGGAAGGUUCGAAUCAUUGGCGGGGCAACUGCCAAAUUGAUUAAACCUUCAAUUGGAUCCCUACCAGGCACAUGUAGUUGCUAUCGGGUUUUCUAUCCCUUAGAGGAAAUGCCAAUGACUGCUUGCACACAUUGGCUGGUGCUAAUUCAAGAAAGUGCUCGUGUGUCUUGGUUCACCUCGGUAAUGAUUUCUGAAUGUCGUCGUCUCCUUACCGAAAAGGUAUUCAACAGAAAAUAGAUUCUCUAGGACAACCUCCGCUCAGUAACUCGGGUUUUCCGAUCUACAGGAACUAGCACGCUUCACUCUGUCCGAGAUUUGCAGCAUGAACGUCGAAAAUACCUCAUCAAUAAGAAUGUCCCCCUGAACUAGCUUUGUAUCCGUGUUUCUGUGACGUUAAUUUUACAUUCGUUCCGCUGUUAGUGGGACAUAUACUCUUAUCGAGUUUCCGUAGAAUUUCCUAUUCGUUCAAUGUACGUUGCGGAUUUGAUUGUCGCCCUUUGUUCCCUGGCCUAUUCCAGUAUCUAGAACCUCCCAAAUUGUCACUGUAGACGUCCUGCUGGUCCACUGUACAUUGACACCAGAUUAAAGAGAGAAUUCCUUCCACGACAGGUACUCAAAGUUUUCUAUCAAUGAGUGCAGGAGAAGCCUGAACUCCUUGCGCAUCGUAGGAGUCAACAUUUCAGUGUGUAUUAAUCUUAUCUCAUACAGUUGUUAACGUUUGAGGAAGUAAUGGUUGGGGAAAGGACGGGAAGGCAGACGUUGGGAACAGCGUCGUCUCAUAGGCGCCGUCUGUCCAAUAUUACUAACCUCAUCAAUGGCGGUAGCUGGUCUAACGAGAAUGAUCUUGUUAAAAAUACUUGCGGCUCCACUGAAUUGCAGCUCCAACAGGAGAUCAAGAGGCUUGAGCAGAUCAACAUCGAGAAGGAUCUAGUUAUUGCGGAAAAAGAACACGAGAUAGAAUCCCAAAAGUCCUUUAUGCACAAGAUGCAACGAGAUUUUUACGCUAAUAUCUACAAGCGAUCUCAGCAAAAUGAGGAUAUUAUCGGUUUCAACACUCGUCUCUCCAAGGAGCUCAGCACUGUGCGCGAGCAACUGAAAAUGUUACACCAUGAGUAUACACAAAUGACCAUUGUGUACAAAGUUAAUGAGAGCGAGCUGCAGACGAGACUUGCAGAGGCUCAAGAACAGCUGAGGCGGGUGUGCGAAGAGAAGGAGAAGGCUUCCCAUGAACCGUUGAAUUCCGACGGGGUGCCACCGACCGUCGUAAGGCGAACACGUAAUUCCUCUGCACGAAGGCACUCAAUGACAUUAGGAGUGGGACUUGAGACAGACAUCUGGAAUCCAUCAACAAAUACACAUUCUAUGAGCAGCCUUGACACCUCUGCAGUUACAACAAGAGGUGGGGUGCGUCAGAAAGCGGGUACACUGCCUCAGAAAGAUACCUCUGUGAAGUUAAAGAUUAGGCAACACGAUUGCGCGUCUGUGCCCAUUAUAGUUCCUGCGUGCACAACCAAGCGGUAUAACAACCGGUACGGCCAUCUCUAUAACUUGGAGCCAAUGCAAGAAGUCGAGGAAUCUGAGGCUCUAUCAUCGAGCAACAGUACUUCUCGUCUCCCUCGAGGCAACCCAUGCUUGGAAUCUUUGUCUAGCGAGGUUGUGGAGAGGGAGAGUUCUGCAAACUAUGAAUCUUUUAGCGAAGGUCAAAGAGCUGGCGAGAUAACCUCCACCAGUGAAUGUAACGAAGCCAGAGUAACUCACUCCUCUGAACCGAGACUUUCAGUUAAGGUCAGUAAGAACCAUUGCGAAAAGAAUCCCCCACCAGCGCGGCCCAACACUCCUCAACGAAGAUCGGCUUCUCAACCUACAACCCCUCGCAACAGGAGUGAAAUUCAAGUGGCAUUACAGAGGAAAGCUUCUUCGCAACCUAGUACGCCUGGAUCCACUUCCCCAGUCCAACAUACGCAUUCACUUCCAGCCUCGAGAUCUUCCUUAAGUAGAACAAGGGGGUCGUCUCCCUCUAAACACAUAGAAUCAGAUCAAUUGCAACCUCCGUCAAGAACGUCCGUUGGGGGGCGACCUUCAAGACGAGCAUCCGUUGGGGUGGUUUCGUACAAGGAGCCUUCCUUAAUCACUAAGAUGCGGAGACCUAACUGACCUCCAAUUAGCACUCUAAUUUUGAGCAUUGUGUUUUGGAGAUUUUUUGCAGCCAGAAUUGCUGCUUGGUGGCGAAAAUUGCAAACAACCCCGUUUCAUGACCACGGUAAUUCUCUAAUCAGAGAACCGCUCUGAAACUAUCAAAUCGUCCUUUCUGGUGCUUGAAAUAUGUUUCUAGGUGUUUUCUGAAUCUAUCACCGCUUCGAAAUUCAGUGCACUCCUUUGUUCACCAGAAGUUGCAUCUGCUGAGCACUGAUAUUCUUCAAGCACCCUCAUACCUUCAGUGAUUGCUGAAAGGUCAAUUGUAAAUUUUUAAUUCGAUAACAAUCUCCUCCAUAGUAUGUGCACAUGCUAUAGUAAAAGCAACUGAUGGUGAAGAACACUCUGAUUAGGGAGAAAUGUCUACACUUAUGCCAAAGUGCUCGUAGAUAAUACUGAUUCUAAUUAGCAGAGUUAUGUGGCUGAGCAUUCACACAGCGAAACCGUGUGAUUUUCAUACUUUGCUAAACGGCAACAUGUGCCAUUUCUGCCAGAGUGUUCAGCAGAUGUAAUGCACCAUGUGCAUGAAUCUUCUGUGAAUGCAAGCGAGGUGGUCUUAUCUUUCAUCCGCUCAUUGAUUGUCA